CUGGAGGAGGCAGGUGCAGGUGGCGGAAGGAGGCGUCGGGAGUGCAAGGACGGCGGCGGUCGCAGGCUGUACCCCACCGCGAGGCAUGGCGGGCUGGUGGUGGGCACUGCCGCGCGCAGCCGGGCGCCACCCGUGGCUCUCGAACGUGCUGCUUUAUGGCGCUCUCUGCUCGGCCGGCGACGCACUGCAGCAGCGGCUGAGCGGUGGCCCCCCCGACUGGCGGCAGACGCGGUGCGUGGCCACCGUGGCCGUGGUUUUCCACGCCAACUACAACUACGUGUGGCAGCGCCUGCUGGAGCGCGCGGUGCCAGGACGCACGCCGCGCGCCAUCCUGACCAAGGUCCUUUGGGACCAAGCAAUGGGCGCACCAGUGGCCAUUUCGGCUUUCUACACCGGUAUGAGUAUCCUCCAGGGAAAGGAUGACAUAUUUUUGGACCUGAAACAGAAAUUCUGGAAUACAUAUAAGAGUGGUCUGAUGUACUGGCCUUUUGUACAGCUGACCAACUUUAGCCUUGUUCCCGUGCAAUGGAGAACAGCUUACACUGGACUCUUCGGUUUUCUGUGGGUCUCCUUCCUUUGCUAUUCACAGCAGAGUGGUGAUGGCACACUGAAGUCAGCUUUCACCUCCCUUCAUCCAAAGGAGGCCAACCAAGUUGAAAGGCCCUCAGAGAAAUAAGAAAUCAAGGACUGCCUGAAAGUGACAAUAUUUUUCCUGAAAUGCAGUAAAUUGCCUGCUGAUAAAAUUCUCUACUUACCUGCAGUUAUGUGCUCCAUUGGAAGAAUUAUUAUUCCAUAGACCCCCUUGUUUCUUAAUGAUCAAUAGUUACUUUAAAUUUUAUCCAAACCUUUUUUCCUCAUUCUAGCCUGAAAGUAUUACUUCUCUAAUGUUUUCACUUCUUUAGUACGUUGGUAAAUACCAAUAACAGUGGUUAAAUGACAUUUUGUAAUUGUUACUAUUUCUAAUAUUUUAAGGCCAUUUAAUUAUACUUGAUGCGUUUAAUUAUUAAUGCCAUUUAAGGAACCUGUUUUGAUUGUAUACAUCUCUUUUCUAACAUCUCAGGUUAUCCCUAAACAGUUGGAUCUGAUUACUUUUUAUACUAAAAUAGUUCUUAAUAGUAAAAUUCUAUUUACAUAGAACUCAAUCAAAGACAAGAUUAAGUAACUAGGUUCCUCCCCACUCCAAUACUAUGUAAUUAUUUUAUGCUGAUACUAAAGUUCUGUAAGUAUAUUUUAUAUCAUAAAAAAGUAGUGUCUGAUUGGUAUAGAAUAUAUUUGAUGUCUUCUAUUGUAAUUUUUAUGUUAAGUACUUUUUAGCUAAUAUUUUUUAGUUUUGACCAUAUUCAGUACCUCAUUUCUCAGACAUAUAAAAUUUUACUUCUUAAAGAAAUAUAUUGAGUGAAGUUUUGGGGGGAAAAAAAAGAAAGUAUUUUUCUGCCCCAGCCAGUGUGGCUCAGUUGGUUAGAGCAUUGUUCCAUAAAACCAAAGGUCACGAGUUUGAUUCCCAGCACAUACCUAGGUUGAGGGUUUGGUCCCUGGUCAGGGUGUGUUUGAGAGGCAAGCGAUCAGUGUAUCUCUCACAUUGAUGUUUUUUUCCCCUCUCUCACUCUCUCUCUCUCUUCCCUUCUCUCUAAAAUCAAUAAGCAUGUUCUCAGGUGAAGGUUAAGAAAAUAAGAAUUUUUCAAUUUUUCUUCCUUUGGAAGGAAGAAUUCUAUUUCAUAAGAGGUCUGUAUGGAAAAAGUCCAGUCAUUGUUUAUAUAAUGAGAACAUUUUGUGUGACAUCAGUGUAACCUGGCAGCCAAGGAGAGUGGACUGGAAUUUGCAUGCAUGAACAAUGACGACUUCACUGUACUAGUCAGGGGGUGGUAGACACCACUGAGUGAGCAUGUGUACUGUUUGGGCGUCACAUUCAAAAUGACUGAACAAAUAGAGCAAUGAAUCUGCAUCAAAUUUUGCAUUAAGCUUGAACAUUUCUCCGAGGAAACUAUUCAGAUGAUUCAGAAGGCUGCAGCUAUGGGCAACUGGUGAUUGGCAGCUUCAUCAGGGCAACAUGAUCACUCAUGUAACACAUCUUGUGUAGAGUUUUUUGGCAAAACAUCAAAUCACCCAGGUGACUCAGUCCCCUUAGGGCCCAGAUUUGGUGUCUUGGGACUUGGGACUUUUCCUGAAACUAAAAUCAUCUUUGACAGGAAAGAUUUCAGACCAUCAGUGAGAUUCAGGAAAAUACAACAGGUCAGCUGAUGGUGAUUGGGAGAACUGUGUGAGGUCCCAAGGUUUCUACUUUGAAAGGGACUCAGGCAUCAUUGUCCUGUGUACAAUGUUUCUUGUAUUUUGUAUCUUCUUCAAUAAAUGUCUCUAUUUUUCAUAUUACAUGGCCGGAUGCCUUCUGGACAGACUGUAUGUUUCCAGGGAAAAUAGUUACCCCAAACUUCAUGCUGAUGUUAUAUUUUAAAAAAUCAAAUAUUUAAAUUAAAUUUUUAUAGGUAACUUUUAAGGUAAACAAGAGAAAGUUGAUUCAGUCUUUCGUAUUUACUGUUUGUCUCACCUCAAAACAAAUGGUUUUAACAAUUAUAUGAGUAUCUCAAAAAUUUUUAGCAAAUUUCAUGUUAGAACUGAACCACAAUUCUGUUGCUUCCACUGAACUAUUGCACAAAUUUAAAGGUGUGAAGCACUGUGCUGGCUGGGUAGCUCAGUUGGUUAGAGCAUCAUCCUGAUACAUCAGGUUUCAGGUUUGAUCCCCAGUCAGGGCACAUACAAGAGUUAACCAAUGAAUGCAUAAAGAAGUGGAACAACGAAUUGAUAGUUUCCUCUCUCUCCCUUCCUUACUCCAUCCUUCCUCUUCUUCUUUCUCUUUAAAAUAAAUUUUUAAAAAUGUGAAGCACUGAAAUGUUAAUAAAUUUAUCUUCAGAAUUUAUAUUUAUAUUUAAGAUUAAUUUAAGAAUGUAUAUUUAAAAAUUUUAAGCAUAUAACUUGUAAUAUAAAUUUGUGUAAACCAUAAGUAUAUAACUUUAUAAGUAUAUGAUCAGUUAGAAUUUUAUUUUACAUUAUUGGGACAAUGGUAAGAAAUUUCUAGAUAGUUUAAUUUUAAAUUCUAUAACAUGGAUGGAUCUGGAGAAUAUUAUGCUAAGCAAAAUUAAUCAGAAAAAGCUGAGAACCAUAUGAUUUCACUCAUAUGUGGGACAUAAAACUGAAACUCACAAACACAGAGAACAGUAUGGUGGUUACCAGAGGGAAGCAGGCGGAGGGUAGUAAAGGGUAAAGGGGGCCAGAUACACGGUGAUGGAAGAUGAUUUGUCUAUGGGACGUGGGCACACAGUGCAACACAUAGAUAUUGUGUCAUAGAAAUGUACACUUGAAACCUAUAUGAUCUUACUGACCAAUGUCACCCCAAUAACUUUAAUUUUAAAAAUCUAAAUUUGUUAUUUGUAUUGUCUUAAAAGUAAUUGAUACCACAGAAAAGCUAUUUCACAAUACAUAAGACAAAUCUUGUCAUUAAAAAAAUAUAUAUAUGCAGAGUAACUCUAGUAAGUACUAUCUGCAAUCUCUGAGCUGAGCUUCAGCAUUACUUUUAUGUUGGAAGAGUAGUGUGUACAUUUUGUAUGAAAGUAAUUGGGAAAACAGACCUUGUUUAUACUGUGGAGGGGAAAAAGCUUAUUAUUCAUUAAAGACUAUGAUAAUCUUUGGUCAAUAAUGGUUUAUUCUGUACUAUAGAACAUACUGAUGUCUAGCAUGCAUUUUCUGAAUUUUUGCAGAUAACACACGUUCAAUUUUUAAUGCAAGUGUAUGUUUGUUUUUGUGUGAGGGAUGGAACUUAUUCCAAAUAAUGCAAUGUUUGUUUUAAAUGCUGCCAUCCUUGGUAAAGUGCAUUCUAGACCUUCUGGGACUUAGAGCCAGGUAGGUGGACCCCAUUCUACCUCCAAAUUACCCCAUUCUGUAAGGUUUCUUUAACUUGGUUGUGUUGCCUUACCAUGUCUUCUGGUCCCAUGUUUGCUCAGGCAAAGGCAAAACCUAUAAUUUGUUUUCCUUAAUGGAGUUGAGGUGGACUGGGUUUUCAAAGCAACUUAACCUAAUAUGUGUAGAAAACAAAAGGUAAAUUUGGAGGAUGUCCAAAGAAUUUCUUUAAAAAACCCUUACAGAAUAUGGAUUUCUGAUUCUCUCAUAGUGAGCUUGAACUCAGGGGUCACAAAUCCUGUCCUAGGUCCAGGCAUUUGGGGUAUAUAUCCUGUAGUGGCUCCUCCAUGGCAUUCUUUCCUGGUUCCCUGGUUCUCACUGACGAUGUCAUUGGCCCUGGGAGCUGUCUUCUUGGCCCUGCUGCUACCAUUAAAAUCAAGAGUGCCCAGGUCCUAUCCUUUUGGACUGCCAGUUUCCAUUUAUAGUCUCAGAGGUAGGCCUCCUACUAAAAUCAUUGGAAAUGGUUUCGCAGUGCAGAGAAUCUUCUACACAAAUGGAUGUGACCACUCUUAAUAACAAAUGUUAUUAAAUGGAAUGUAAAGAGGAUAAACAUGAUAACCAUGUUAAGAGAAGUUCAUAGUCUAGUUGGGAGUAUAAGUAAAAAAAAAGUGUUAAUCUGGUUCUCAGGACAUCUAAUCCAAUUCAUCACUCAUUGCUUCAUUAGCAUCUGUAACAAGUGGUCAAUAGAAAGCUUGAAUUUUACUCAAGUAAUGCCACCCAACUGUAGAUUAGUGGCAGAAGCAGUAGGUACUUUGAAAUCAUGGUGCCCUGGGUAAUCUGGGAAGGCUUCAUGGAGGAGCUGCCUGAGUUGAGCCUCAAAGGCUGGAAAGUCACAAGACUCUGGUCUGUGAACUGUGAUGGUAGGAUCAGAUGAGAUACAGUCUUGAGAGAGAGCAGUGAGAAAGAAAAGGCAUUUAAGCUCUAACACGGGAAAUUUCCAUUGCCCACUCCUCAACUUUGAAUAAUGUACAUGCUUCUAUCCAGUUUACUUGUAAUUAAAAAUGAUUUGCAACCUACCUUUUCAUUUGUGGGAAAAUUAAUAAAAGCUAAUUCUAUUUUAUCUAUAUCAUAGUUGGUUUGGUGAGAGAGAAUGGGGCAAUGUGAGAGUUUGCAUGUGUUUAAAAUUUUCUAAUGCCAAUUCUGAGAGGCAUGUGAAAAUAUUUUCCACAAAAUCUGUUCAGUAAGGUAAUUCAGUGUACAAAGUAAUUGAUGAUUUGCCCACUAUGCAGUCUGUGAAAUUGGCAUUUAGGGGUUCCUACAAAUGAAGGGUACUUUAGGAAAACUCUGUCUUAUAAUGUAUUGAUUCUCUUUGGGCCACAGUAGGAAAACUAAUGAGUGGAAAGGAU